AUGGAGCUCACAAGAAGGCGAGGAGUGGUGUCCCUCCAAGACUCUCAGUCAUGCAUUCCGCUCUCGGAUCACCUCAAGGACGGCGACAUCAUACUGCUACUAACGCCCGGGAUCGCGCCAGACGUAAAUCCCUCGCCUAGUGACCUCGAUAACCCCCCUAGCGAUCCCUUCGAGCCCCUUGGGAAGGCCCUGGCCAAGCACCACCCAUGGGUCCGCCAUGUCCCGUAUCUGCCACGCAACGGAAUCACCGGUACUCAUGUCGUGCACAUCAGGCUAGCCGCCGCCGUCAUUUUUGUUAUUUCGGGCCCUCCGCGUCACGGACAACCCUCGCAACUAGCUCUGGCCGAAAUCACCAAAGCCCUCUGCGAGACCCGACCUCAAAUCAUCCUAACUUGCUGCAACUUGCAAGAAUUGGGGCCUCUCGAACAGUCCUUCCCUACCAUAUUAGAGGUACCUGGCUUUGCUCCGCCAGACUUGGAGGCCGCUGCCGAUGUUCUCUUCGAACCGAGAAAACCGAGCCCAAAGGCAUCGAAGGUACAAAACAUCACCAUACCCCCAAAAGCUUGGGCUGUCGAGGUAUGGGACGACGACCGCGAGCUAUCUGAUAUUCUGGACCUGUGGUGUCAGUGUUUCCCGGAGACCUUCCAUCUUGACCCUUAUCGAUUCCGGUCAUUACUUCGCCGAGACGGUUAUGCGAUGCAUUACGUCGUCCGGAAACCCGGCGCUGCCCAAAUCCUGGGCUUCUGCGCAACCUACACGACCUACGCCGACAGUGGCGGCGAGCGUUUGCUGGGGUCCCUGGCAGCUCUUCUCGUUCACCCGUCAUAUCGCCAACAGGGGAUCGGCUUGAGUCUGCACACGCACGCCCGGCGCCAACUUACAAAGAUACGCGGUGUUUGCCGCCUUCAGCUCGGGAGCACUUUUCCUCGGCUUCUUUACGGUCUCCCAGUGACUCACCGUAUGAGGAUUGGUUUCUGGAACUCGCGGGUGGCCGAUAAAACCGCUCUCCUCAAACUCGGGCUCUGGGCAACCAGUGUGCGACUGGGUUUCUCAAGUUCAAGGAUUGGUGACAACUGGUUUGAUGUAUCCCAUCUUUCUUUCGUCCCCUGCGAAUUUGCAGAGUUUGACAUGGUGCUGGAAUUUGUCGAGAAGGAAUCGAUGAAAAAAGACACCAUGGGCUGGUACGACCAAUAUGCGAAGCUGGCCAACACAAUGAACAUCCAGGAUAUUGUUCUGGGACUCGAAGGGGGCACCAUCAUCGCCGCGGCAUUGACUUAUGUCAAGAAUACCGGGAGCCCGGCGGCAGACGAUCUUCCAUGGGCCAGUACCAUCGCCGACGACGUCGGGGAAUGCCAACUAACGGGCGUCCUCAGAUGA